AUGGAUUUUGCACAUAUGAUUUUCAGAGUAGCAUUAUCUGGUGAUGCAACUUCAUUGUCACAAGUUUUGCAUGAGAAUCCAGAUCUGGUGAAUCUUCCAGACUUCGAUGGCAAUAUGCCACUUCAUUUCGCAGCUAUGUCUGGCUCAUCAGAAUGUGUCAGAAUAUGCAUUUCUGUACUGCAGACUCGCGAAGAUCUCGACUGUGCUGUUGAGGUCCAACGGAAAAACUUCAUGGGUCAAGAUGCUCUAACACUUGCAGUUGAAAAAAGUGAUUACGAAUCUUUUAGUCUAUUGCUGAAUGCUGGAGCAGAAACAGACUAUCGGCUUAUGGAUAGUGUACCACCUCUUGUAGCUGCCCUGGGCCAAGGUAAUGUAAAGCUCACCGCUGAUGUCUUAGAUGCACUUGAAAUCAAUUUUGUUCGUUCACGCCAUGAUGGCUACUGGCUUUCGGCACUACACACUGAUCUGUCAAUAUCCCUGGCUUAUUUUAAGCUACUGAAAGCUCAUGCUGUGCCCUUUACGCUAGAUGAUUUCGAAGAAAUUUGUGCUACAGUCCUGGAAAAGGAACCAGCGGUAAAAGGGAUUGAAGAAUUUCUGACUUUUCUGGGAUCAGAUGCUGUGGAACCUAGAUUAGGUUUAAAGUUUUUAAGUAACCUUCAAGACUGGCCUCGUUUUAUAUCAACUGAUGAUAAAACUAGGUUGUUAAGUAUGCUGAUUUCAUGUUAUGUUGAAGCUAGUCAGCUUAUCAUAUUACCUAAAAGUGUUGCCCAGUUAUUACCGCUAACACUUGUGGAUCGUCAUAAUUACCUCGAUGGUUCAAUGCAUAAUUGGUUGGACGAAUGGUUGUCUGAACCUAGAAGUCUUUUACUGUGGUCAAAAAUAACAGUACGUGCUUGUCUUAGACAUUCUAUCAGACACUGUAACUCACCUAAACAACCAAUUAAUGAACUUAUUGGAAGUUUGCCAAUACCACUAGCGCUUCAACAGUACGUUGCAAAGAAUGAGUAUGUAUAG